CAUAACGUCUUUUUUAAGUGCUUACUGUAGUUGUGCAGGCAAUGUGAUUCAUACUCAAGCAACUCGUAGAAACAGCACAUAGGAACAACUACACAUGGAACAGCACAUAGGAAUGUCUCUUUUCAUCUUGUAGGAGCGAUAUAUCUAUCGUACCGAUCACGUUCACGAUGAUGAGCAGUUGCCACGAUAUUGCACCUGCGGAGAGGAGAGGCCGGAUUGUCUAUCAAGAAGACGAGGGUGCGUUGAUGCCUCCUUUCCCUUCAAGCACGUCGUCGCCUCAGCCUGCAGGAACUUAUCGGGUCCAUACUUAUGGAAAUAGUAGAGUAGUAUUCUUCUAUACCCCUGGAGUGGGUAAAUUCGUUCACUCGCUCAGGCUACCCUGAACGCCAUCCUUGGCUAUUAUCCUAAGGGGAAAAGGAGCCAAGGAUGCUACCAGGGGAGCGACUGAGGUAGCUCUUCUAAGAUACCACGGGGUACGCGAGACGUGCAACGGAUGGGCAGGGAAAUGUUGUGACGGAAGUAGUGCAAAAAAGGACGUCUAGAGUUGUCGAGCGUUCCGCUUCCACUUCUUCAACUUCGCUAAUGGAUCAUGUUCAUCAAGCUGCAGCACGCCAAAUCAGCAAGGAUGAGCCGAUGCGACACACACGGCGUAGCAACGUUGUUGGAGGUCAAGAACAUGUGGAUGGAAAUAGUGAAAAUAACCAACAGCAGAGCAUAUUAUUAUGGUCAACGUCUAGUGUCCAUCUCCAUCAUUCUCGGCAUCUUGGUGCCCUUUUGUUCCCCUGUAUUCUUCUCAUGUUUGAAUAUUACAAGGCGUCAAGAUGAAAAGGGGGCCGAGAUGCAAUCUAGCAGACUGCUCUAAUAUUACAACCGCCGUUUUUAGAAGCAGCUCCAGCUCCAGGCGCAGGACCUUUCCGCUUUAUCCCUUCAGGAAGGAAGCCGAAUUAUGUCCAACCUUCUACAUCCAGUAAUACAAAGACAAUUCAACAUGGAGUGGUCCCAGACGAAGGAUUGCGGACACCCACACAUACUAGGACAACUGCAGCUAGAAGUGCAGGAACAACAGCGCCGUUGAGUGCAGGCAAAUCUUUUACCAGGCCAACUUCACCAUUAUCAGGAGGAAAAUUGCUAUAUCCACGGACGCCGCUUUCUGCUGGGAAAAUCGGUUUGGGAGGAUUCCAAUUAGGUCCUGGACCUCAGAUGCCUAGAAGCAUGAGCGUCCAGAAUCUUGGAACACGCAACGCAGCGGCAUCCACUGCCAGUUGUAGUUCAACGAGGGCUAACUACGUAGGAGUUGGCAGCAACAAUAGUUCUGUGGACAGUGCUGGCACGCCAUCCACAGCGCGAAUGUGGUCGACACGUCGGACGACACUAGGUUUGCUUCCAUUAUAUGCAAAUUUUCAAGCCCCAGGAGCUGUGAGAAAAGUGGCCACUAGCGCUUCACAACAGGCUGUAGGGGGUGGCUCUUCUUCUUCGCGUUCGACUGGUCGCAACAACAUUGCGAAUUCCACUUAA